AUGGAGCUUUUUAACAAUAUACUAAUACCUCUACUUUGCUUUCUCCUCAUUGCGUGGAUGUUUCUCAAAUCUCAAACAAUCUCAAAACAUGCAAAGACUUACUCACACAUCCCAGGCCCCAAAACCCUCCCCCUCAUCGGAAACCUCCACCUCAUGCUCCGCCCCGCCCCGCCCCACCACAUCUUCCGACAGCUCGCCGCCAAACACGGCCCCCUGAUGCAUCUCCAGCUCGGCGAAAUCCACUCCGUCAUCAUCUCCUCCGUCGACUUCGCCAAACAGGUGGUGAGAACUCACGAUAUCAACUUCGCCAAUCGCCCCCCGGGCCUGAUUACGGAGAAGCUCACCUACAAUUACUCCGACAUCGUCCUAGCCCCCUACGGGGAUCUGUGGCGCCAGCUGCGGAAGAUCUGCACGCUCGAGCUCCUGAGCGCGAGGCGCGUGCAGUCCUUCCGCCGCAUAAGGGAGGAGGAGACUUUGGGUCUCUGCAAACAGAUCGCUUCUUGUGAAAGAAUAGGAUCUCCGGUUGAUAUUUCAGGAAUACUCUACUUGACGUCGUUCGAUGUUACAACGAGGGUGGUGGUCGGGGGCAAGACGAAAGAGCGCGGAACGGUGACUUCUAUAAUCCAAGAAAGCAUCCAGUUGGCAACGGGAUUCAUGUUGGCCGAUCUCUAUCCGUCCAUCAACUUGCUUCCGUUGAUCACCGGAGUUAAGUUUAAGACCCAACGGAUGUAUCGAAAAUUAGACAAGCUGUUCGAUAGCAUUAUCGAGCAGCAUAAAGCCGCUGGUGAUGGUGGCGAGGUGGAAGAUCUGGUGGAUGUUCUGCUCAAGAUUCAACAAGAUGAAACUGAAUUCCCUCUUACUACUCAAAAUAUCAAAGCUGUGGUUCUGGAUAUGUUCGUAGCUGGAACCGACACGUCAACCAUCAACGUGGAAUGGGCAAUGUCAGAGAUGAUGAGAAACCCAAGCAUACUCAGCAAGGCACAAGAAGAAGUGAGGAAGGUUUUUGACGACAAGGGAUACGUAGAUGAAGCCAAGUUUGAUGAGCUAAAAUACAUGAGAUUAGUCAUCAAAGAGACACUGAGAUUGCACCCUGCGCUUCCGCUUUUAAUCCCGAGAAUGAACGUCGAAAGAUGUGAAAUUGAUGGAUAUGAAAUCCCAGCAAAAACCAGAGUGAUAGUGAAUGCAUGGGCACUGGGAAGGGAUCCCGAGUAUUGGAACGAUGCAGAGAAGUUUAUACCAGAGAGAUUCGAGGGGAGCUGCGUUGAUUUCAAAGGGAACAAUCUAGAAUAUAUACCUUUUGGUUCAGGAAGAAGAAUGUGUCCUGGUAUGUCAUUUGGACUGGCAAACGUAGAGCUUCCGCUUGCUAUGCUUCUGUAUCAUUUUGAUUGGAAAAUGCCAAACGGGAUGAGACGUGAAGAUUUGGAUAUGAAGGAGGCCUUUGGCGCCACUGUUAGAAGGAAACACCCUUUGUGUUUGGUUCCCAUUGUUAAACGACCUUUGCCUGCAAGUGCUUGACUGAUCAUUUAUAUGUGGCUUAUGUGUCCUCGUGUUAUUGGAGUGAUGAUAGGUAGUUUAGAGCAGUAUCUAUGAUUGUGUAAUAAGCACGAUAAAUGAAAUUAUUAUCCCUUUUAAA